AUGUCCAAGCGUGCCGCUAAAGCUACCAAACAACAAGAAGUCGUUCAACUUGGUCCAAAGGUCAAGGAAGGAGAAAUUGUCUUCGGUGUCUGUCACAUCUACGCCGGUUUCAACGAUACCUUCGUUCACGUUACUGAUUUAACUGGUAGAGAAACACUUGUCAGAGUUACUGGUGGUAUGAAGGUUAAGGCUGAUCGUGAUGAAUCUUCUCCAUAUGCUGCUAUGUUAGCUUGCCAAGAUGUUGUUGCUCGUUGCAAGGAACUCGGUAUUAACGCCGUCCACAUUAAGCUUAGAGCUACUGGUGGUGUUGGUACUAAGACCCCAGGUCCAGGUGGUCAAGCUGCCAUCAGAGCCUUAGCUAGAGCUGGUAUGAAGAUCGGUAGAAUUGAAGAUGUUACUCCAAUCCCAACUGACUCUACCAGAAGAAAGGGUGGUCGUCGUGGUC